ACUACUCUCACACUAGUUGACUUCACCAUUCGUGUCGCGCGACCUCUCAGGACGAAACAAACAUUUUAAUCAGCUUCAGUGUGUUUUUGUGUGAGAUGGACUACAUGUUCUCCAACCAGGACCAGAGGAAGUUCUGAGGUCUGAGCCUCAGUCUGACUCCCUGGUAACCAUUGUUACCAAGUUAUUAGAGAACCCCGUCCCUCCAUCCCCAGUCCUCAGGGUGAAGCUGUAGCCAAUCAGCUGCCAGGAUUUCUCUGCAACAUCCCCUGCAGCCAAUCAGAGAGAGGCAAAACGAUGUUCAAACCUGUGACAGAAAUCCAUCUCCUGGGCUGAGCUGGGGCUGACCGGCUGCUUGUUCUGCCUUUUAUUCUCCUGUGGAUGCCUAUUCCGGUGUAGUUUUCAGUCUGAUCUGUCGCCAUGCUGCAGCACCUGCCGUGUGUUCGCAUCGACCCCUUCAAGCCUCAGCCAAUCAGCAGCAGCAUGGAGGAGAGAGCCAUCCGCUUUGAGUUAGAGCGCCAGGCCUGCCAGAGCCUCAGACAAGUUCUCCAGCUGAAGCUGCAGCAGAGAAGAACCAGAGAAGAGCUGGUCAGCCAAGGAAUCAUGCCUCCUCUGAAAAGUUCAGCUUCCUUCCAUGAACAGAGGCGGAGUUUGGAACGAGCUCGGACUGAGGACUACCUGAAGAGGAAGAUCAGGAGUCGACCAGAGAGAUCUGAGCUGAUCAGGAUGCACAUCCUGGAAGAGACGCUAGCAGAACCAUCGCUUCAGGCCAAGCAGCUGCAGCUGAAGAGAGCUCGCCUCGCUGAUAAUCUGAACGAUAAGAUCGCCCAACGGCCCGGACCCAUGGAGCUGAUCCACAAGAACAUCCUGCCGGUCCACUCCAGCAUCAGGCAGGCCAUCAUAGCCUCAAGAGAAAACUCGUCCUGCGAUGAGGACAGUAACGACAGUCUGUCCCCAGGACCUCCAGGCAGCCAGGAUUGUCUUCCAGGCCUGAGGACGUCUCCAGCAGAGACAUUAGCUGGAGGCAGCUUCCCGUCUCCGACACAGGUCCCUCCUGCAGCUCCACUUCCUCCCAUCUCAGGUUCCUCUGUUCCACUGAAGCUGACCAAUGGGACGGCAGCAUCAUCUGUCCAGAGAGCGGGUACCAACUCCCACAUCAAGCCUAAACCAAAGUCUGACCACUCUGCCCAGAGACACAAGAAAGCCAAAGACAGCAAGCCAAAGAUUAGAAAAUUAAAGUACCAUCAGUACAUCCCACCUGACCAGAAGGGAGAUAAAGAGCCUCCUCCUCACCUGGAUUCCUCCUACGCUAAAAUCCUGCAGCAGCAGCAGCUCUUCCUGCAGCUCCAGAUCCUCAGCCAGCAGCAGCAGCACUACCACACCAUCCUACCUGCCCCGCCCAGACCUCAGACAGACCAGCCUCCUCCUCCCUCUUCCUCCUCCAGCUCCUCCUCCUCCCCACCUGGACCUCCUGCUGCUCCUCCAGCCCUCCCUCCUAACCAUCGUAACUCUGCUCCUCUAAGUGGGAUCAAACCAGCGUCUCUGCCUCCAAACCUGGAGGAACUGAAGGUGGCAGAGCUGAAGUCUGAGCUGAAGCUUCGUAGCCUUCCCGUCUCCGGCACCAAGAAUGACCUAAUUGAGAGGCUGAGGACCUACCAGGACCUGAAUGGAGGCGGUGACAGUACCUCCUGUCCACCAGCAGGGGGUGCCACAGCGCCAGGGGCUGAAGGAGCAGGAAGAGCUUCUGAAAAUAACAACACAUCCCAACAACAACCACAACAGCAGCUUCAGUCCCAUCAGACGCCUCUGAACGCAGAUGCAGGAAACACCACUACCCUGAAUGCAGCAACACCUCAGCAGCACCUGCUGACCCUCUCACCCGUCUCCCUCACCCCAUGUGACCACGCCGUCUCCCCCAUCUCCCCUAACUCACCAGAAGACUCCAGCUUUCACAGCGACCCCCUGGGAGAACUGAUGAGUCCACCUCUCGACCAGCUGAGCCUUCAGCCAUCUCCAGCUGCUCAGCUCCACACUAGCAUUAAAGAGGAGACCUCCUGCUCCUCUUCAGCUCCUUGUCAGUUCUCCUUAAAGUCCUCCUCGCUGCAGAAACUCUGCUCGGUCCCUUCAGGCUCCUCCACCUCUACCACCACAGCUCCAGGAGUCGACAAGGACAGAAUGCUGCAGGAGAAGGACAGGCAGAUCGAGGAGCUGCUGAGGAAGCUGAGGCAGAAGCAGCGUCUGGUGGAUGUGCUGAAGAUGCAGCUGGAGCACGGCAGCCGAGAAGGUCAUGGUCCAGAGCCGCAGGUUCUUCUGAGAGUCAAAGAAGAACCUCCUGAUAAGCCCAGUGUUGCUCUCUCGACUGGCCGUCCUCCGUUUCCCCCUCAGGCAUCACAUGAGAUGGAUGUUACCAUGGUGACUGUCAAACAGGAAGUCAUAGAAGAAGGAGAAGCUGCAGCUGUUCAACCACAACACACUAAUGCAUUACUCCAGGAGCAGAUCCAGCUGCAUCCAGAGCAGAAGAGCUCACAGAACAAACCAGUCUGUCUCCAGCAGCUGGCUCAGCAUCAGGCCAUCCAGAAGCUCCUGCUGCAGCAGCACAACCUUCACAACCACAACCAGAUGCUGGAGAACCAGCAAAACAUGCAGAAACUUUGCCAGCACAGGAGGAAGAAAUCCCCAAAACCGCAGCAGCAGAAGCAAGCAGUGCAUUCACCUCAGCAUCAACAGCAGAAACACCUGCAGCAGGUGCAGCUGAAGCAACAGAUCCUGCUGAAGCAGCAGAAGUCUCUGUUCCAGCAGCAGCUGAAGCAGCAGCAGACCAAACACCUGCAGCAGAUCCAGAUCCAGACCAAGAUCCAGCUGAAGCAGCAGCAGGUUCUGGUCCAGCAGAAACAGCCGCCGCAGCCACAGGUGCCUCCAGCUCCCCUCCACCAGUCAGGCUCCACCCCAUCCUUCUCAAUGGAUCUCCUGAAGACUGACUCCACCCCAACGCUGGUCACCGAUGGCAAUGGGAACCACUUCCUGAUUGCACUGACCAAUCACAAAGCUGGAAACCAAAAACCUGAAACCUGUGAAGGAAAAACAUCCAACCACAUCACGCUGCAGCGACUGCAGUCGACUCCAGCCAGACUUCCAGGACUCCGCCCCGUUCAGCUGACCAGAGCUGAUGGUAAAACCAAACAGAGCAGCAAUUUGGGACUUCUGAAGCAACAAAACACAAAGAUGCAGAAUGGAAGUCUUCAGGUGUCAGUAGAGAAACCUCAGCAGGAAGCAGCUCAGAGUUCAGCAGCUCCCCCCAGUCUGCAGCCGUUCUUCAAGGACCAGGAGAGGAACUCCUCAUCGCCUUCUUCUCAGACUGAGCUGUGUCCUGGUCUGGAUGUCUUCUUCAGUCCUCCAGCUUCCAUCCAAACACCAGCCUCGUCUCCUGAUGACAAAGACUCAGAGCAUGAAGAUGAUUUUAUUGACAUCAUUUUGCAGACAGGAGACAUGUCCUCCACCUUCACCCCUACUCCAGACCCCUUUCUGGACCAUCUCAGUCCAGACUUCUCUGCCUUCUCCCCUCCUCCCUCACCUCUCCAGUUGUUGCUGUCUCCCCCCGUCCCCCCCAGCUGUGGAACUCUACAGCCUGCUUCCUCUGAGCUUCUGGCCAACACCAUAGAAGAAGAGGAGCAUCCCAUGGAAGCUGGAAGUGGACGCCUGGAGGACUUCUUGCAGAGCACCAUGGGGAAGCCUCUGCUGGGGGUAGAGCCUGGUGGGCUGCUGACUCUGAUUGAUGACCUCCACAGCCAGAUGCUGUGCACUCCCAGCAUACUGGACUAUCCCCCGUCCCCCAUGGACACCUUCAAUGUGGCAUCAGAGGAGGAGCCAGGCCUGGAUGGCAUGGAUUGGUUGGACUUCACCAGUGGAGGAAAGAAGGAUGAGGAGCCUCCCACUCUGGCCCCUCUGGUCCCCCAAACUCCCCCUAGCGUCUUUUCCACAGACUUCCUGGACAGUUACGACCUCCAGAUACACCUGGACUCCUGCCUGUAGCCCACCAUGGAGCUGCAUGAAGAUAACCUGAUCUCUGAGGUUCCAGUGUUUCAUUACAGCACUCUGGAUCUUCUCUGGUUUAUUGAAUCUCUUUGACUUUAGUUUUAUUUACACACUGCUGUAUUGAUUUCCGUGCACGUGUCAGGCAGGUCCUAAAUCACUUCUUUCUUCUUCAGCAAACCUUUUGUUGACACACGAGGACUUUAGUGGUUUCAUCUGGUGUCUUUCUCUCUUCUUAUCCUUAUUUUCCUGUACAAACAUCAGGUUAGAGCAGAAACUAACAGUGCCUUAUCUGACCUUUAUCUCAUCAGGAUGGAAACACGUCCUCAGCGGCCUUUUGGAGUGAAGCUAAUCAAUAUUUACCACAACAUGGAAAGGGCAAAGGUAAUCAAUAAGUAAAGCUAAGGUGAAAGACAAUGAUUUAAUAGUUUAUAGAGCAGAGCAGUGAUCAGGAAAUCAUUUUUAAACAGAGUAAUCUGAGGUGGUUGAUGUUUAACGUGGACAUCUACAGUGUUCACAUCUCCAUGUUUAUCAGGAAUAUGUGGUUAUUGCUCAGGUUACAGCUCUAAAAGUGUUCCUACACACAAAAUGCUGCUUUUUUAGUAUUAAUGAAGCAUUACAUGUAUAAAGUAUGCAAACUAUGCAGCUAAUGUGGAUCCAGAGCAGUGGAAAUGGGCGAUACAUGGAGCUCAUCAUGAUGUCAAAACACACAAAGUGCUUUAAGUAGAAAAUUACAACUUCCUAAUUCAAAAGUGAGUUUAAGCCCCAAAUAUGAAUUAUUAAGUGAAAAUCUUUGCUGACUGUGGUGAAAUGAUGACAGUUUAAAGGUUGUAUGAGUUUUGUGCAGUACGUAACAUUACAUCAUCCUCAGUGAGGUGUAAAAACAUCAGAGCAUUAAACCUCCUCUGGCUUUAACCUAAAGGAAGGUACGAGCUCUCUGAGAAAUUUCUAAAUAGUUGCAAGAAAUUAAUAUGGAGCAGCUUUUCCUUUCAGAAUAAACUGCACCAGGAUGCCUGUGAUUAAAUAUAUAAGAGCUUGCCUUUUAGCUCGAUAGAUUUAGAUAAAAAAAUGUAUUUAAAUAAGAACAUUUUUGAUAUAAAAAGCAUCUUGGAUGAUUUCAUUCAGAGCCCAAAUUCUUCUACAGAACUGUUUAGUAAAAAUUCUAAAUGCUGUAAACAUCCCACCAGUUUCUUAAUACUGCUGAAGCUUUAUGAUCAAAGAAUAUGACAAUUUCAAAGAACAUUUUGAAAUGUUUUAGGAUUUGUGGUAAAAUAAUGUAAGAUUUUGACAUUUUGAAUACAUUGGGGGAAGCCAUGGGUUGUUUUUAUUUCUAGUCCGUACACUGUGAACAGCUCCUCAUUCUGUGUAUAAAUGUUCUGUGACGGCGGUUUGGUAGGAAGUUUUCUGAAGGUAAACGAAUCUGCUGCAUAUUAAGUUUCCUAUCUGUAGCUACGAUGCUUGGUGCUUGGAUAUGUUACAAAAUCAUUUUUCUGUGGUCAUUUUGGACACCGGACUGGAAUUUUACUCCAUUUCUGUCUGCACCUGCUCUAACUGGUAAAUGAAUGUGUGAUAUAAAAAGAGGAAACUCCUGCAGCUUUUUAUUUUGUCCCUGAGAGAUGAUUGGAAGAGAUUCCUUCCUGUAGAGGACUUCUGUAAAUACUCUGUUAUUUUUUGGCUGUCCUGUACUGUAUCAGUACUUUUGCCAAGAGAUGUUUUAUGUAAUUGUUUUGCUUCUUUGAGAUUUUAUAAUUAAAGGUUUAGACACAGAA